AUGUCAGAAAAAAAUCUCAAGAUCACAAUUAGAAAAACACCGAGUAAAAGUGAUGAUUCCUCGUCCCUUUCUUCCUCGACCGAAAAUGCAAUCUGGGAGGACCUGCAGCAAUUCCAGAGUGGAUCGCCAUCUGCUUUUUCGAUGGGUGGAGAAUAUUCGCCGAUAACAACGACCCCUCCUCCGGUUCGUAGUCUGGCUGAUCUGAGAAAUAUUUUCUCGUUACCCUUGACAAGUGAAAGUUCUUCAUUCAAACUUGCUCAAAUAGAAGGAGAAAAUGAAGAUCUAAAGAAAUUAAUAAACGAACUAAAACAAGAGAAUAGAGAUACAAAUGACAGACUCGUGGAGAUCAAACAAGAAUUGGAAAAAGAAAGAAGGAAUAAUAUGCGUUUGGCACACAAAUUCGAGCAAGAUUUCGAGUUUCACAAGCAGCAGAUAGUCAACGACUGCGGAAGGCACAUUGAAGAACUGCAAGAAGAACACCGCGAGCACAUCAGAAAUAUCGAACGCAAAUUAAAUACGGACCAAAGAAAACAAAAUAUUUUUGCUGCUUCUGAAACAAAGAAGCUUCAUGCCGAAAUCGCGGACUUGACCAAAGAUAAGCGCGAUCUUACUUAUGAAAACUCUUUGCUGAGAAUAAGACUGAAGGCAAAGAGAGCCCCGAAGGAAAUAUUGAUAUCGGGCAAUUUCGUGACAGCGAUGCAGCAAAAAGCUAUCCCAGGGUACUAUGAGCUUGAUGAAGAUAUUUGUCAUGAAACUAUGGAGUACAGGCCUGCAUAUAAACGUCGUGAACUAGCUCAGGGUCACCGGAUUUGGCUGGUUUAUAACAAGAACGACCGAGUUUGGAAUUUCCAACCGACGAAAAAAUUAUUUUCUUCUGUAUCUUUAAUAUUCAUACGAUCAAGAGCCGUCUUUCCCACACUGAUCUCGAGUGAAGCUGUUAAAAUGGCCUCAAAUGGACAAACCGGUUGGACAAAAAUACCGCUUGAUAUCAAGCAAUCGCCGACUGCUGUCGAGAUACCCAUUCAUAUUGACGACGAGUUAUCAGAAGAUGAUGACAAAGUUCCCGUCGUACUACUAGAUGUCUAG